AUGGGAGGAGCCGCGAGCUACCUGCUGAGUCCAGCCGCCAAUCGCACGACCAACGACAUUGACUUGGUCAUCCAUGUUGAUCAUCGUAUGACCACCGCCAAUUCUUUGACAACCGUGCUUCUCGAGUCAUACCCUGCCGAGUUCGAAGGUGUCAGCCAAUUCGGGCAUACAAUUCCCGCGUACAAGCUGGCCCAGCCUACAGGAGGCGUUCGUCUGGUAGAGCUGGAAGUUUUUGACCAUCGAUCCUGGCCACAACGUCCCCAGUCCAACAUCCCGGCAGCUACACGGACGAGGAUGAAUAUCAACGCUCAAGUGGUCAAACUCUUCAGUGCUGGGUGGAUUUUGCGCGAAAAGAUAUUAUCCCAGUAUCAGCGACAAGGCAGUCAAAAAGAAGGCGCAGAUAUUGGUGAUCUCAUCAGAAUGAUCCCUUUAGCCCAACAAGGCAUUGCGGAGCUCGACUUCAACGGAAAUGCAGAAAUGCAAACCGCACUGGCAAAUCUCCUGCAGAAGAGGCCGGAGUUGGCCCAGCCUCUAAAGGCAAAGAUCAAGUGUGACACUGCUUUCCAAAUCUAG